UGGACAUCGUCCCCCUCAAUCACGAGAAUUUUGGAAGCGCUUGUCCCUCGAGCGUCACACUUAAAACCGUUGCCGCACUUUCCGUCAGACUUUCGACCAUGGGGAAGAUCUCUGGAACCAUCUCAGACACAGCCUGGAAAUGGAGGUGCAAGCUGGGCAACCUGAAUCACGAACGGACACUCGCAGACUACAAGACCGAAGCCUACGCUUCUUCGUCAGACAGCGACCCCAAGGAUGCCUCGGAUGCACCAAGGCGCAGGAAUGACACCAAGGACCCGGGCCCCGGGUCGACUGCCGCCGUCAAGACCUUUUAUGAGAGCCCAGAGAGCGACGCCCACAACAAGAUCUGGGUCGACUACCCCCCACGACAGCCCUCGAAGAAGGUGGCCCUGGCUCAGGGCCGGGUGGCCUUUCGGCUGUACAAGGUCAAGGACAUGAGCAAGCCGUGCAUCAACGGGAAGUAUGCUCUGAAGCACCACAUGAUCGAUGUCCAGAACGCGGGCCUUAUCGCGGCACUCAAGCCGAUACUCGAGAAGGAAGAGGACGUCCAUUUGGACCCGAGCGAGCAGGCCACCUUCCACGCACCGUUCCGACCCCUCUACUUCUGCUACGACAAGAUCGUUGCAAAGUGCAAUAGCCUCGCCCCUGGUGACCCACUACAGCCCUUCAUGCUCCUGUUCAUCAGGGUCAUGGAUGAGAUCUUCGCUGACCUCAGGCACAAGAAGAAGAGCCUGCAGGCAAACGGGCUCGUCUCGUACGCCACGGCAUGGUCGUAUUUCAAGAGAGAUGAAGCACUCAUCACGCAGGGGCCCAACUGCCAGUUCCUGUGCAAGGUGAUCAGCACAGAGUACCGGGCGGUGGGCAACGCCAAUGCUCUCAUCAUCAAGGCCAAAGCGCUCAAGUUCACGGGCGAGGCGUUCGUCUGGGUCGACAGCGAGCUCAAGAUCGAUCGCUUUGCCGGCAACAAGCCUAUUACCGAGCUUGAUCACUACCCGCUCGAGUUCCAUGCCGACCCGGAAGGCAUCAAGAAGCGGAUGGAGGCUCGCGGCCGUCUGGUCCUGGACUACCAGGGAUUGACGUACUGCAACUAUGAAGGCCUUGCUAUCUUCAUCGAGGACAAGAAGGUCGAGAGGCAUAACGUCGAAGGUCGCAUCUUGGUCGAUGUGGUCGGGUUCAACAAGCACCAUCUUGCCAAGGGUUCCAGGGAGGGCGAGCAGACCGAGACGGAGAAGAACACGGUCAUUGGCACUGGACGCCGAAAUCGCAAGCGACGUGUUCACGGGUCAUUUGCUCCCAAUAUGGUGCCCCUCGAGUGUGAAGAGGCCGACGAAUAUGGCGCUCUUGACGGCCCGAGCACUGGUGAGACGGCGAGCAAGCCAUCUGAGAAGGAGGUGGUCCAUCUGAGUCGAGAGGACCAGGAGAGAAACAAGGCAGCGAUGCUCGCAGAGCCGGAGAACCUCAUGUACAUGUCUCCGUUGCUGCAGGGCUUUGCGCUGAAGAACAAGGAGUGGCUCUCGUUCUUUGUCGAAGACAUUAGACCCAUGGUCUGGAAUGACAAGGCGUACGAGCACCUUGUCUAUCCAGAGGAGCAAAAGGACCUGGUUCUUUCCUUUGUCGAGAGCCACAAAAAGGAUGGCCGACAGGAAGUUGACGAUGUCAUUAUUGGUAAAGGCCAAGGACUGAUUAUGCUACUCAGUGGCCCGCCAGGCACGGGCAAAACGCUGAUGGCUGAAGCUGUCGCCGAUCGCACCCACAGGCCACUGUUCUACCUACAAGCCGAAGACUUGGGCAUCUCGGCCGCCACCCUCGGUGCAAACCUCAAAAAGGUCUUCACCAUGGCCACCGAGUGGAACGCCGUGAUUCUGCUCGACGAGGCAGACGUCUUCCUGGCGGAAAGGCACCCGACCGACAUUGCCCGCAACGAGCUCGUCUCCAUCUUCUUGCGGGAGCUCGAGUACUUCCGCGGCAUCAUCUUCCUCACCACAAACUUGUACCAGACGAUCGACACGGCAUUCCGGUCUCGCGUGAGCCUGCAUCUGCUGUUCAAUCCCCUGACUACGGAGGCGCGGGUGCAGGUGUGGCGCAAAUUCUUGGACAGGAUCCCUGCUUCGGCCACGAAGAAGCCUGCGGUUGUGGACGACGCCAGCUCGACUGAAGCCAAGACCCUUCACGGUGAUGAUGAGCAGGAGCAGGUGACUCCAGGGAGAAUCAUUCUCGAUGAGGACGACAUCCAGGAGCUGGGCCUGUGGAACUUGAAUGGAAGGGAGAUUAAGAAUGCGGUCAAGAUGGCCAAGAACUGGUGCGAUCACAAGGGCUAUGAUAUGACCUUGUCGCGGGUCGAGAACAGCAUCAAGGUCACGAGCCCGCAUGCCUCGAGGGUUGCGAGCAAUGGGGACGCGGACUUGUAUGAUUAAUCUGGCUUCAGAGGUUCAGAGGUCUAGAAGGUCCUCGGCGGAGCAGAGCUUGAAUGCCACGCCGCAAUGAUCAAAGCGGCCACAGCAGCGUGUGAGAGUUUCAUUGUGAGGUCUUGAACUGUAUUUCCUCUUACAUAUCCACACACAGAGAUAUCCAAGAUUAAGUCGCUUUCAAGAAUCCUAAAGCGUGUUGGAAUCGGAUGAGAGGGACAGACUUGAAGGAGCCAAAGGGAAGAAGUAUGAUAAGAACAAAAGAGAAAACAGCAAGUAUAGAUGUGGUUGAGCGAAUGCUGGGCCAGAGGCCUCAUUGUCUUGGAAAUGAAAGACGCCG